UCCGGGGGACAGCGCGUGUCGCAGGCGCUUGGCAGCACACGGCCUCGGGAGGGGGAACAGACGCCAUGGGGCAAGCUGGGGCACGAGGUUGAGAAGGAAAAAAGCAAACAAAGAUGUUCAAAAGUGCAGGCCAUGGUGACGUGCGGAAUUAGACUCUAUAACUCGAAAGUUAUAAAGUAGGUAUGUUUAUUGCGCGCAGAUGCACGGGGGAUCGCUCCUCCACAAGCGUGCGUGCCCGAAGUGACGAACCAUCUCACAUUUAUACAAUAAAACAAAUGAAUAUUCAAUUAACGCCUAUACAUAUUCGUUACCUAAAUCCGCUUACUCUCGCUUCGUAUGUUAAUUAGCUUAUCAGUCCUUUGCCUGGAAUGUGGUGGUCUUGCAGGUUUGUAGGUGAUUCAUGUCCUUGUGACCAUCUGAUCUUCUCCAGCAAGAAGACUUAGCACUCCCUCCCUCUAGAUAGCAUUGGAAUGUCUCUCAUCCUUUUCUCAUUCUUUUUUAAAUAGCCCCUUUGUUAGAGGAAGAAGGGCAGGUGUCUCCUCAAAACUGUAGUUGUCUCCUCAGAGCUGUGUGCCUAUGUGACCAGACACCGCACCCAUGACCAGUCACCAUACCCACAUUCCUUGAGCAGACACAUACAAUCACAAUCGAUGUCCAUUGUCCCCAUUUCACACUAUUUCUCCGUAUCAGUGGCAAAACAGGAAUGUGUGGAUAAAUAACAUCACUAAUCGGCAAAUGAAACAAAAGAUUACUGUAAGGAAGAAUGACUGUUUGAAAAUGGAGAAUGAAAACACGAUAGAAGAAAAAGACAAAAAGAGUUUUUCAUCUGGGGGAAGCUCAAAAUUGAUUAAAAUGCCAAUGAAAUGUAAAAUUGCCCUGAAUGCCAAAGGUGCAAAGAAAAGUAAAAGACAGCCUUCAAAGCAGAAGGCUCAUCAGCAGAUGAGCUCUUCCAGUGGCAAUCAUGGUCAAGUACCGGAUGAUAGCACUUCCAGUGAAAUAUCUGAGGAUGAAGGAAGACCUGCAGCAACAACCAGGAGUGAAAAGAACGAGGUCAGCAGACAAAUGGAAGUAACUGAUGGCCCUGGUUUAACUCACUCAUCUGACCCAACUUCAGAGGAUGUCCGGUUAGAAGCUUCAGCCUACAAGGAGACUAUGCUGCUGUUGGAAGAGCUUGGUGUGGUUCAUAUGGCAACUGAACUUUGGAGAUCUUCCCCACCAAGGAUCACGACGAUCAGAAGGACCGGUGGGACACUGCCUGGACCUGGGACCAUAGGGACGCCUUGGACCCGUGGUGUUUUAACUACUCCCCAGACAAGCCUGGUUGCCGUCAGGUGUGCUUCUAAGAAAACUGGAGGCAGCUACAAAAAUGUAGGUGGCCGCAGCCCUGGCAAGCGCUAUGGAUUUAAAAAAGUAGAUGGUGAAUUUGUGCAUGCGGGCAACAUUCUGGCUACGCAGCGGUUGAUGCGCUGGCAUCCAGGGGCUCAUGUGGGGAUGGGCCGUAACAAGACUCUGUAUGCCCUGGAGGAUGGGAUUGUGAGAUACACCAAAGAGGUCUACGUACCUCUGCCCCGCAGCAGUGAGAGCAGGGAAGCGAUCUGUUGUCUACCCAAAGGAGCGGUUCUUUAUAAAGCCUUUAUCAAUGUUAUCCCUGUCACAGAAGUAGGAAGCUUUAAACUCGUCACCAUGCUCUGAGCUUCCUGCCUCACGUAGGGAGGGAUGGGAAGGAGCGACUGGGACAGACCACCACAGCUGGACUGGCAUGAGAGGACAAUAAUAUUCUAGCUCCGAAGAUACCAGUGUAGGACUUCCUUUUCUUGCUCCUAAAGCAUGUGUGGUCAGUGUUCAGGCACUGGGAUCACUCUGGCUGAGCAGACCUUCACCUUGGCUUUGUCCCCUUUGUCAAAGCAAGCAGCUGGUCUGUCUCCUUUGGUCACAGCACGUUUGCCAGAGAAGAGCGAACAGGCACCCCUGGUUGCUCCGCUCAGAGCUAGAGAGCUGGCGUUGGCUCCAUGCUUGUCCUUGUGCUGCAGGAGGGACGGCACCGCUGCCUGGGGUCUGACUUGCCUGUGUCUCGGCUGAGUGUGAAUCUGGGUGAAGGUCUGACAUUUGGCCGUUCCCUGCAGACCAGAACGAUGCCACAGGCACUUCUGUCCCUGACACCAUGGGUGGAAGCAGCGUGCUGAGGCCGAGGCCUCACACGGCUGUGUUUCACUGAGUUUGGUAGCUGAGAGGGGCCUGGAAUGGGUCUGACACGCCACAUCUGUCCAGGGUCUCUGAGCUCAUUACUGUUCCUGAGAAAGCUGGAGGGUGUCUCAAAGCAUGCUCAUAGGGAGGCGGCGUCUAUUGAGGAGAGAGGAAGAACAUCACAGUGGAUCAGCAAUAACCAGGAGAUUAUCCCACCUCUUCUUACAGAGCGGGUGACAAGGCUCACAACUGCCACCAGCCUGAACCGAAAUUCCUGCAGCCCUCAGAGCAGCAGGCUGCUGGCUAGAUGAGGUGAGUGCUUACACUGCUUUUGCAACACAGCAGGGCAAAAAGCCACUGGAGAGGCACAUUCCCCCCGCUGCCCCCUCACACUCUCUGUGCUGGGUUCCUGCUCUUCCCUGUUCCCCUUCAAGGACUUGCUGCUAGUCACAAGGCCAGAAAAGCCCUGAUUUCUGUUACGAGAGGACUGCUGCUUGCCUGCCUUUGACCAAGGAUCGAUUACUGGGGUGUAUACAAGCACCUACAAACCUGGCUUUCUACCCAGGUUUUGACAGAGUCUCACUGCACAGCAGCAGGUGAGCCUCUGGGCUGUUGCUAGCCCAGCUCUGCCAAAAUAAACUAACUUUCUCCCCGGUAAUGAGUGACAGGAGUGGCACAGGGAUAUUGUGGAAGAGCCCCUGCUGUAGUUCAUCCACUGCUCAUCUUUGGGGCCUUACUCUCCUGUGCCCUCAGUGCUCUGGUUUCAGGGCAGGUAUCGUUAGUUACAGCUCCAAACACCGAGCAGCAAGUGCUGACUAUGCCAGAUGUUAUGGUACAACUUCAAGAGCUCCAGAUCCAGAUCCCGCCUCCAGUUCUCGUCCUGCUCAGCCACCCCGGCACAAGCACUCCUGGUCGCGGUCGGCGCUGAGAGUCCUGCUUUUCGUGCUGUUCUGCAUCCUCUGUACUUUGGCCGCCUGCAAGCUGACAGAGCUGCAACGUCAACCCCUGUGCAUCAGCAUGAACACUCGCUACGAGGAUGUGGUAGCCGCUCUUCAAAACCAUAAAACCCUGCAAAAUAUGCUACAACAGAACUCACAGCAGUGAUUGUCCUGGACAGGCACUUACUUCAUCAGCAUCUCCUUCCACCAUCUGCACAGGCAGAAUUCCUAUGGAAUUGCGUUCUGAUGAAACUGCUUUUAAUCAGUCAGCAUUGGUUUGUUGCUCCACUCCACCCAGAGCAGAGGUAUUGUUCAGAUCAUCUUUGCCAUGCAUGUUUCGCAGUUGGCCUGUAACUCCCAUGAUUUGCCCACGUUAACCGAAACUUGUUAACACUUCUUACUUCCAUGGGAUGUUUACCUAGAUGGUGAGACACAGAAAGCUACCGAUCUGUAUGAGUGGAAAAAACCAGGCCUUGCGUUAUCUGGGUGCCUAUAGCUCUAUCCUGGAGGUAGGAGGGUUUUAAUACAUAUCCAUUCCUUGCUCUCAUUUCUCUUUGUGCUAAAAUUGGUGAUACAGCUGUACGGGAGUAAUAUAUUAAGGCCUACUCCAGGACCAAUUACAAGUGUGCAGGGUGGCUGCACAUCCAUAUGUUGCAGUGCAGAAGCUGAUGCACUGUUGAAAGGAGCUGAAUUUUCAAUACAACAGUUUUCACAGCA